AUGGGCCGCGAAGAUCAGGUCGAGGAACGUGAAGUUCUUGAUUCAAUUUUUCCAGAGGAGAUUACAGAUAUAUCCGAGACAGCAUAUAGAAUAUCGAUUACUCUCGAUGCCCCUGAAAAUGAUGUCGAAGAAGCAGAGCCGCCAGUCCUGAUACUAGAAGUUUCCUAUCCAGCAGAUUACCCCGAUGUGGCUCCCAACUUAGAACUAAGCGCCCCGCCUAAUGCCCCGAAGCACCCUCGUUUGGAUAUCCAAGAGGACCGCGACCGGCUCAUCGAAGCAUUGCAGCCAACAAUUGAAGAGAAUCUGGGCAUGGCUAUGGUCUUCUCCCUGGUGAGCAGCUUGAAGGAAAGCGCAGAGCUUCUCAUGUCGGAGCGCGCGAACGCCGUUCAAGCAGAGAAGGAGAUGGCCGCUGCCAAGGCCGAAGAGGAAGAAAACCGCAAGUUCCAGGGAACCCCCGUCACGCGAGAGACUUUCUUAGAGUGGAGCGAAAAAUUCAAGCAGGAGAUGGAGGAAGAAGAACAGAGGCAACGAGAAGUGAAGGAGGCGGAAGAGAAGAAAUUCAAGAAGCCCUCGGCGAAGGAAGAGAAGAAGCUGACGGGUAAACAAUUAUGGGAGAGAGGUCUGGCCGGGAAAGGUGACGAAGAUGAAGAAGAUGAUGAUGAGGCUCUUCCGGCAGCUGUGGACAAAGUCAAGAUAGCUGCAUGA